UGUUGCCUUAUAAGGCGGGGCCGGGCGGCGCCGGGGGAGUGGCCGCCCCUGCCCCUCCCGGCGCCGGCCAGCUGCUGGGACCCGCUCGCUACCCAGCGCAACUUAGCGGUGCAGUCGCGGAGCCGAGGAGUGCACACGGCGGGCCAUGGGAAAGUCGGCUUCCAAACAGUUUAAUAACGAGGUCCUGAAGGCCCACAAUGAGUACCGGGCUCAGCACGGUGUCCCUCCACUGAAGCUCUGCAAGAAGCUCAACCAGGAAGCCCAACAGUAUUCGGAGGCCCUGGCCAGCACAAGAAUUCUCAAGCACAGCCCAGAGUCCAGUCGUGGCCAAUGUGGGGAGAACCUUGCAUGGGCAUCCUAUGAUCAGACAGGAAAGGAAGUGGCUGAUAGGUGGUACAGUGAAAUCAAGAACUACAACUUCCAGCAGCCUGGCUUCACCUCGGGGACUGGACACUUCACAGCCAUGGUGUGGAAGAAUACAAAGAAGAUAGGCGUGGGGAAGGCGUCUGCAAGUGACGGGUCCUCCUUCGUGGUGGCCAGGUACUUUCCAGCAGGGAAUGUCGUCAACCAGGGCUUCUUCGAAGAAAAUGUCCCACCUCCAAAGAAGUAACUUACAUCACAAAUGCAAUGAGACAGUGGAGACUCGUAUAUGAAGUGCCUAUAGACCAACAAAGAGCCAACGGAUGUCUGUCCCUGGGG